CCGUUCCCCCAGCUCCUCCCCAGCCUCCUCAGCCCCAGCAGAACCUGGGGGGAUGGUUAUUUAUUGUCCUUCCCCAGUGCCCCUGUCAUUUGUGUCCCCCAUGUGUCUUCCUGCCAGUGUCCCCAACAUGUGCUGACACCACUCACUGUCUGCUCUGCUCUGCUCUGUGGGGUGCUGUGAGGGAUGGGGGGAAGACAGAAAUGGGGGGGGACUUGGGGACGUGGCCCAUGGACAGAGACAUGGAGGGUUCAGGGCACAGGAGCACCCUGAGACUCCCCCAUAACCCCCACCCUCGGGGGGACAGCAAGGGUGAGCCCCCCGUGCCCCACAGGGCCUGAGGGCAUUGGUCUGAGGGCCUGAGGGCUCCGUCCACCCAGCUCUGCCCCCUUGUUUCUGUUCCCAGCCUCCUUGUCCCCAUGGCCCCCCACCUCCUCAGCAGCCCCUGCUGUGCCCCUGCAGACAGGGGUGACACCUGGAGGGGCAUUGAGGGGAAACCCACAUCUCUGGGGGGCCUGGGUGGUGGCCGUGCUGGGGACAUGCAGUGGGCGAGGGUGGGCACGGGUGGGCAUGGACACAGUUGUCACAGAUGUGCCACACGCAGGUUUCUCACACAGGUGUCUCACACAUACCACAGACACACACACACACAUUUAUCACACACAGAAUCCCAGAACAGUGUGGGUGGGAAGGGCCCUCUGGUGAUGAUCCAGCUCAGCUCCUGCCCGGGCAGGGUCACCUGGAGCAGUUGACACUUGUCCAGGUGGGUUAGGAUGUCUCCAUGGAGGGACACCCCUCACCCUGCUGGGCAGCUCUCCCAGGACUUGGCCUUUCCAUGGUGGAGGGAAGCUGUGCCUUGUGCUGAGCUGGGACUGUUGGAGCUCAGGGCCUGACUUGUCCUGUCGCUGGGCAGGACGGGGCUGGGUCUGGCACCAUCCUCAUAACCUGGGGAGGUCUGGGGUUGGUGGGAUCCCCCCUCAGAUAUUUGUAUGGAUUGGGGCAAUCCCCUCAGUUGAGGGAUUAGUGUGGACAUGUGAGCAGCAGUCCAAAGCUGCACGUGGACCCAGGAGCCCUGGCAGCCCGUCAGGCACACAGGGGGCAUUGCCAGGAGUAGGGGCACAUUGAAAUGGCUCCAGGCCGUGCAGGUGACUCAGAGUGUGGUGACUGGGGCAGGCAAAUGGGACGUGGAGCAGCAGGACGUGGCGUGGCAGCUCAAGCAGCAGGAUUUGUAGGAGGGCACAGCCACCCCCCUGACUCUUGAGGUGUGCUCUCCUCAGGUGGGGAUUGUUUUUUUCACUUGUCCAACUUGAUUAGACCCAGCAGUAGUUCACACACUGACAAAAGCCAUAGCUGGCAGGAGUGGGGAGGAGCAUAUAGAGCUCCCCAAGAAGCACUGGGCUGCAGGGAGUGUCUGAGCCUACUGUUGCUGCUGGAGGACAGUGGAAACAGCACUGCAUGCAGUGUGAACAGGCGGGGGAUCUUACAGGGGAGGUGGGGAGGCUGAGGAUUAUCAAGGAGUGCCAAGGAGAAACAGACUGGGGGAGUUGCACCCUUCCAUCCAGGAGAGAAAUGCAGUGCAUGAAAGCUCAGCAAGAGUCAGAGCAGCCCUGGCCCUCUUGCCAUCAGGCAAGAGGAGACCUAAAAGCUGGGGAAUGGAAACAGGUCCCUGCUUAGGGAGGUAGCAGAAUCCCCUCCUGGCUUCCCUCGCCUUCCCAGGUGCCCUUACAGAACUGAUACGAGGUCCUGGAUUUUGAGAGAGAUAGUUGAGAGUGGAGAAGAAAGUCUACUUGGUGGGUGUCCCAGAUCGGUGCAGUCAGUCAGACAGAUCACAGCUACAGUUAUUAAAGAAAAAAGAAAGAAGGGUAUUUGUGUGUGAUUCACUUCUGAACGGGGCUGAGGACCUGUAUGCCAAGCAGACCCAUCCCACAGUCUGCUGCCUCCCUGAGGCCCACGCAAGGGACAUUGCUGAGAGACUCCCUGCUCUAAUUCAGCCCACCAGUUGCUGCCCACUGCUCAUUGUCCUGAUGAGAAAAGUACCAGGGUAACAAAAAAGGACUUCAAGGCACUGGCUUGCCUGGUUGAAGGGACAAGAGCACAAGGUACAAGAGGUGGUGGUCUUGAUUCCUUUGGUAGUAGGGAUGAAUGCCAAAAUGAACAGGAAAACCCAUGGGAUCAAAAAGUAGCUUUAAAGACUGGUGCCAUUGGUGGAAUUUUGGAUUUUUUGAACAUGAGGUGGUGUGUAUAGCACCAGGCUGGAGGUAGAUGUGUUCAUCUCUAGAAGAGGCAAAAGGGUUCCAACCCGUGAAUUGGCAAGGCUGAUUGAGAGGGCUUUAAAGUAGGUUUGAAGGGAGAGGGGGAUGAGAGCACACUCCCUAGAAAUGAAGCUGGGGGCAGCAGGCCAGUGCUGGGGAGACACUGAUGGCACAGCUAAAGUGCAUCUACACCAAUGCAGCAGUGUGGGCAACACAGGAGGAGCUGGAGGCCAUGGUGCAGCAGCAAAGCUCUGAUGUAGUUGCUGUCAUGGAACUGUGAUGAGAUGACUCCAUGACUGGAAUGUUGCAGUGGAUGGCUCCAAGCCCUUCCGAAGGAGCAGGUGAGGCAGGAGAUGUGGUGUGAUGACUCUGUACAUUAGGGAGGGUUUUGGCUGUCUGGAGCUCGGUGGCAGUGAUGAAAAGGCCGACUGGUCAUGGGUGAGAAUCAAGGGGAAGGCUGGCAAGGCAGAUAUCUGGUGGGGGGUCUGUUCUAGACCUCACAACCAGCAUGAAGAGGUAAGUGCUGGCUGAUGUUUUGUGGUAGCCAGCCCUUGUUUUUGUGGAGGUCUUUAACCUGCUAGAUGGCUCAUGGAGAGGAGACAGACUGAGAGGCUCCUGGAAUGUGUGGAAGAGAACUUCUGAGUCAGUAGCUGAGCAGCCCACCAAGGGUGGGGCCCUGCUGGAGCUGCUGUUUGCAGACUGAGAGGUGCUGCUGGAAGAUGUGGUGGUUGGAGCCAUCUUGGGCACAGUGACCAUGAAAUGAAGGAAUUUUCAGUCCUCCGUGAAGUAACAAGAGGGACCUGCGGGCUCCGGCCCAUGGCCUCUGACCACAGCUCUGCUGCUCUCGACUACGACGCUGCCGCUUCUGCUGCUGGCAAUUCCCGUGUGGGUGGCAGCAGUGUCCAGCCAGGGGCCUGGCCCGGCAUCGUCAGCGUCCAGGCCACCUGGGAGAACGGCACGUGGCACAUGUGCUCAGGUGUCCUCCUCAGCUCCCAGUGGGUGCUCACGGUCGCACACUGCUUCGCCAGGGCCGGGGGUGUCUCCACAUGGGAUGUGGUGAUGGGGGCCACAGAUCUGAGCCAGCCGGGCACUGAGGCUGUGGUGAGACGCAUCCAGAGGCUCCUGGUGCACCAGCACUACGUGCCUGCCACGGCCAGGAACGACAUUGCCCUGGUGGAGCACACACAGCACAGCCUGUCCGCAGUCCACCCCUCCCUUCCCCACAGCAGCCCCCACAGUCCCUGA